AUGAACACAGUUGAAUGGAUGAAUUUUCCGGAUACUCAACAAGUAAAACCUCAUUGUCAAAAAUGUGGACGUCGAAGUCGAGAUCACAAAAAAUAUAUAAAUAAUCGUCGAUUUAAAAGUGAACAACGUCAUUAUCAUAAUGGUCAUCGACGACAAUGCCGUCUCUUUCCACAAGAAUUACUAUCAUAUCCAAUUAUUACUCCAACAAAUGAUAAUCAUUCUCAAAACCAACCAUGUUCCAAUGAUAACAAUAUACUUAUUGAUCAAUUAAUUGAAGUAAAACAAGUAGAUCCUACGAGAUGUCAUAUUCCAACUCAUAGUUAUGAUAAUGAUUAUAAAAAAGACGCAAAGCAGACGCAUAGGAAUCCAGUGAACAUAGACAGAUUACAUCGAGUUCAACAAAUGGUUUAUCUUAGAGAAAAUAUUAAUAAUUUAAAUUAUCGAGAAUAUCAUUUCUCAAGUGAAUAUAUUAUUUUAAAAAGAUUAGAAGAAAAAAAUCAUUUUAUCAAUCAAAAUUAUUAUAAAGUUGAUCAAUAUUUUCGUCCAUUAAAACUUCAAUAUCAAACAAAGAUUAUGUUAUUUCAAAAUACAACUAUAACUUCAUUUACUUAUUCUAAACAAGAUCUUACUCAAAUUGAAUCGAUCGUUAAAACACCAUGUUCAAUCUCUGAAAAUAUAUCUAAUGAUACAAAUACUUAUUCAUCCUUAGCAAAUGAACAAUCUCUUUCUACACUUCUUAAUAUGAAUGAUACAACAGAUUCACUUGCGUUUAUCACAUCUUAUAAUAAACAACAAUAUUCUCAAAAUGCCGCUUCAUCGGUUCAGAACAAUUGGAAUCAUUUACAAUCAACAUUUUGUAAUAAAGAUCCGUAUCUACUACAAACAUUGAAUAUACCUUUUCUGAAAACUGAUCAACAACUAUCAACAAAUACGAAUUUUUCUAAUCUAAUUUACAAUAAACCACUUGAAACCAAUACUUGCUUUCCUAAUAACAAUUAUUUAUCUCUUAGUAAUUUUCGUACUAAAUCUGAAAGUCAAAAAUCUCUAUCUUUUACGACUACAAAUACAAACAGUGAAGAAAAUAGUCAAUCAAGAAAAUAUACUCAAAUUAUUAACAAAAUCAAAGAAAUCUUACAUAUUAUUCAUAAUAAACUAAAUGAGAAAAAAUUAAAUAUGUUGACUUCAUCUACACAAAUAUCAAAUAAAAUCAAUGAAUCAACUUCAACAAUAAUGACAACUGAUUCACUAAUAUCUAAUACAAGUAUUCAAACAACUUAUUCAGUUUCUUCGACAUUACCAAUAAUUAAUAUUGAAAAUCGAACUAAAUCUCAUAUUAAAUUACUGAAUCUCGCAAAAAAUCUCAAUACUAAUCACCAAGCAAGUGACGAUGAUGAGCUACAAACCUCUUUUCAUUAUCCUCGAUCAAAAAGGUUUAAACCUCACCGAUCUAUCAAACAAUACAUGUCUCCAUCAUUUAUGUUUACUUUACAAAUAUUACUUAUUGCAUGUUUUCUCAAUCGAUUUUUGAUAAAUUUCUAUUUUAAUAAUGCUCUAUACGAUCCUUAUACUUCAAUGAAUGUUGAUAAUAUACAAUCGAUAACUCCAGUUUCAUAUACAAAUCAUGAAAUAAUUAAGAAUUUUUUAUCAUCAUUUUUUUAG